GACUCAUAUAUCCUUAAGUUUCUUUAUUAUAUUAAAUGUUUAGUUUUCAAUAUAUUUUUUGCAGGUUAUGUUCCCACGUUACCUGAGUCACAAUGACUUAUUUAUUCAUUAUUUGGAAAGCAUCAGCAAGUGAAAAUCUAAUCUAUAACAAUAAUCCUCCACAAUAUGGCAACGUAGCUUCGUUCGCCGAUGUCGGUCUCUCCGUCACGACAUUCUCGACAUGGUACCCCGGCUAGAGGGGACCGCGCCAUCCAAUAGCCUGCGCCUACCGAGUGCUUCCCCCUACCCGCCUGCCCUGCGUUCAGUACGCUACAUCACUUCUCGGGUCGCCGUAGUUCGACCAACACCGAGUAAACUUUGGUCCGCGACGCGUCAACAAUUUCGGUCACAAAGCAGGUCAACCAAUAGACUGUUAUUAGUGCGGGUUGCGGUGACGAACGGUGACCAUGUUCGACGUGUUCGGCUCCGUCAAGGGGCUGCUGAAGAUCGAUUCGGUGUGCAUCGACAACAAUGUCUUCCGUCUGCAUUACAAAGCCACGGUCGUGAUACUGGUUGCGUUCUCUUUGCUCGUCACUAGCAGACAAUACAUCGGAGACCCUAUCGACUGCAUCGUGGACGAGAUCCCGCUCAAUGUUAUGGACACUUAUUGCUGGAUCUACUCUACGUUUACGAUCCCGAAUCGACUUACGGGAAGAGUGGGACAGGAUAUAGUACAACCGGGGGUGUCGAGCCAUGUGGACGGUAAAGACGAUGUUAAAUACCACAAGUACUACCAAUGGGUGUGUUUCGUACUGUUCUUCCAAGCUAUGCUGUUUUACGUACCACGCUACCUGUGGAAAACCUGGGAAGGCGGAAGGAUCAAAAUGUUGGUGAUCGAUCUCAACUGCCCCAUUGUAAGUGACGACUGCAAGAACGACCGAAAAAGACUGCUAGUCGAUUACUUUACGACGAACCUCCAUAUGCAGAACUUCUACGCGUUCAGGUUCUUUAUAUGCGAGGUCCUUAACUUCAUCAACGUCGUCGGACAAAUCUUCUUCAUGGAUUUCUUCCUCGACGGCGAAUUCAGCACGUACGGUAGCGAUGUGUUGAAAUUCACGGAAAUGGAACCCGAAGAACGAGAAGACCCUAUGUCAAGGGUGUUUCCUAAAGUAACGAAAUGCACAUUCCACAAAUACGGUCCAUCAGGCUCGGUGCAGAAGUUCGACGGCUUGUGCGUGCUUCCUCUCAAUAUCGUGAACGAGAAGAUCUACGUGUUCUUGUGGUUCUGGUUCAUCUUCCUGAGCGUCCUAUCCGGAAUCUCUUUGAUCUACCGCUGUUGCGUCAUCGUCGGACCCAAGAUGCGUCUCUACCUCCUUCGAGCCAAGUGCAGGAUUGCAUCUGCAGAGCAAGUGGAAACGAUCGCGAACAAGUGCGAGGUCGGUGACUGGUUCGUUCUGUACCAGCUAGGGCAAGAACAUCGAUCCGCUGAUCUUCAAAGAGGUAAUGUCGGAUCUAGCGAAGAAACUAGAAGGGAAAGAGACUGUAUAACGAAUGUAAAUGAUCAAGUGGGUAGGGAGUGGAAGCCCUACUGUUAUAUACUCAAACGCCAUUCCAAGCGAUCAACUACGGACCAAUCUGCAAAGUUCUGUGAUGACAGACAAGACUGUAAAUAAAUAUAUAUGAUUUCCGGCCAGCUUUUCUGGGUUUGGCUGUGAUAUAUAUGUUGAAAGUAUGUAAUUUUGUAAAACGGUACGAUAGCUCAAUUAGGUCAUUCCGCAUUAUACUUCGGAUGGUCCGUUUUCAUAUUCCCCCACUAGGCGUAAGACAAAGACCAUAACUAGAACAAGAAUUUGAAUAUUGUAAAAGCAAUUUUACUUAAGCUAUUGUGGAAUUCAUAUCUAAGGGAAAACCCAGAUAGUGCCAAAAGAGGCAAAUGACCCAUAUG